AUGGCUCCCAAGCAUGAAGAAUGGGGUCUCUACCUUUCCAUCUACCUCCUCACUAUCAUCACAGGCUUUCCCACCAACCUGCUAGCUUUGUGUGCCCUCAUCAAGAAGCUGAGGACCAAGGCCACACCCAACUGUGUCCUCCUUCUCAACCUCACUCUUUCUGACCUCUGCUUCCUGUCCUUUUUGCCCAUCAAGGCGGCGGAGGCCAUUGUUGGCCAUUGGCCUCUUCCUCAAGUUCUGUGUCCCCUCAGUGGCCUCCUCUACUUCAGCACCAUCUACUCCACCACACUCUUCCUCACGGCAGUGAGUGUGGAGCGCUACCUGGGCGUGGCCUAUCCCAUCCAAUACAAGCUGAGGCGCCACUCAGCCUACGCAGCAGUGGCCAGCCUAGGCCUCUGGGCCUGCUCAUUUGCCCACUGCAGCAUUGUGUUCAUCACUGAGCUUCAUCCGGCCAACUAUUCUUUACCAAAUGUCUGCUAUGACAACUUCACGGAUGGCCAGCGUGACCUCCUCCUCCCAGCUCGGCUGGAACUCGGCAUUGUCCUCUUCCUGUUCCCAUCCUUGAUCACCUUCUUCUGCUACUGUGGCUUUAUGAGGAUUGUGAUCUCUUCACCCCACAUCUGCAGGAGCAAAAAGCGACGAGCCGUGGGGCUGGUGGCAGCCACCCUAGCGGUCUUCAUCAUCUGCUUCUCCCCCUACAAUGUUUCCCACUUUGUUGGUUUUAUCCAGUGGAAAAAUCCAGGGUGGAGGGACAAGGCCUUGCUUCUUAGCACCUUCAAUGCAAGCUUGGACCCCAUCAUCUUCUACUUCUCCUCCACUGCAGUGCAAAAUUCAUGUCGGGGUUUCCUGGCCCAGGUCAAAAGGGCCUGCACUCUCCCUCCUUUGGUCCAGAAGCUCUUCUGCAAAGAGACUGAGAAGCUGAGGAAAGUAAGUACCCGGGAGCCAGUUUGUUGUUCCAAGCUAUGA